AGUCAAGGGGGUCUUCAACUGCAGAAAUACAAAGGCAUUGCACCAAAAUAGCCUGUGUUAGUCUGUGCUCAUUUGUUCCCGUUACGAAAAUAAACUUUACUGCCAGAAGCGGAAUAUGCUCUUUUCACAACAUUAACGUGAAAAUCAGUUACAUUGGGACCUGAUUCAUCUUCCGAGAAAGAGAACUUUGGCGGCUUCUGAGAAGAAAGUAAAAAACCCACAAGAUUCCAUUCCACCCCUUCAAUCUUAAUUAUCAAUUUCUUUACAUGUGAAACCAAAACCGAGAAUGUUACAUUCGGAGGAACGAACCAACGAGUUAGUGGUCCCAUGUUCAUAAUAGAAGUGUUGACAACGUGGGUUUAGAUAGCUGCUGGAAAACAGAAAAAAAAAAGUACAAAAAAUUAAAAACAAAGAAUCAAUUUUGGCAUUCCCGUUGACCCUUUGGCGAUUUGGGGUAGCUGGCCCUUUAAAGGAGCCACCUUGUCAAUUCUAUUGUUGAAUUGGGCAACCUUGGUUCUUGCCCAUGUUGAAUCUCAGCAUGGGGUUCUGUGUUUUGGAGAUUCAGAUCCGAGAAAGGUUAUGAUGUCAAGGCAGCCUGGUGAAUCGGAAGAGUUUGAGUUUGAUUCGUAGUGUUGCAUUGCAGUUUAGUAUGGCGAGGGACUUGUUAGAUUUGUUCUCCAUGAACAAAUGGAGGUGUUCUUGGUCUCUUGCGGCAACAAUUGCUUCUGUUGUGGCAUUGGUUUCUGUAGUCCAUUUGUUCUUGUUCCCUUUGACACCCACUUUCAAUUAUUUUAAGAUAGCCCAGGACUCGUGCUUCCCAACUAAUGCAUCGGCAGAAUUUCCAAGCAACCAUGACCAGGAAAGGCCUGCAGUUGAUUUUAAGCAUCAGUUUCCGGCUGACUUACAUGGAGCAUUUGUUUAUCAUGGUGUACCGUGGAAGGCUGAAAUUGGCCAGUGGCUUGCUGGUUGUGAUUCUGUUAUUAAGGAUGUAAACAUCACUGAGAUAAUAGGUGGCAUUAACUGCAAAAAUGACUGCAGUGGCCAGGGGAUUUGUAAUCGACAAUUGGGACAAUGUCGAUGUUUUCAUGGUUAUUCUGGGGAUGGAUGCACUAAAAACUUGCAAUUGGAAUGCAACUUCCUAGGAUCACCAGAUCAACCAUUUGGGAGAUGGGUUGUCUCAAUUUGCCCAGCCAACUGUGACAAGACAAGAGCAAUGUGCUUCUGUGGAGAAGGCGCAAAAUAUCCAAAUCGACCAUUAGCAGAGACAUGUGGGUUUCAAUUUGAUCCACCUUCCGAACCUGAUGGUCCCAGAAUAGUGAAUUGGACAAAAAUUGACCAAGAUGUCUUCACAACCAAUCGUAGCAUACCAGGUUGGUGUAACGUGGACCCAGCUGAAGCAUAUGCUGGCAAGGCGAAAGUUAAAGAAGAAUGUGACUGCAAAUAUGAUGGUCUUGCGGGCCGAUUUUGUGAAGUUCCUGUGGAAUCUGUUUGCAUUAAUCAAUGCUCUGGGCAUGGCCACUGUCGUGGUGGAUUUUGUCAGUGCGACAAUGGCUGGUAUGGAGUAGAUUGCAGCAUGCCAUCUGUUAUUUCUUCUAUUAAAGAGUGGCCUAGUUGGCUUCGUCCUGCUCGGAUUCAUAUUGCUGACGAUACUCAUGCCAAUGAAAAAAUGAUUAAUCUCAAUGCUGUGGUUGCAAAGAAAAGGCCUCUUGUAUAUGUUUAUGAUUUGCCCCCAGAGUUCAACAGCUUGCUGCUUGAGGGACGCCAUUAUAAGUUAGAGUGUGUAAAUAGAAUUUAUGAUGACAAUAAUAUAACAGUUUGGACAGAUCAAUUGUAUGGUGCCCAGAUAGCACUUUAUGAGAGUUUGUUAGCUAGUCCUCAUCGAACACUAAAUGGUGAAGAGGCAGAUUUUUUCUUUGUUCCUGUUCUUGAUUCAUGUAUCAUAACUCGUGCUGAUGAUGCUCCUCACUUGAGUAUGCAGGAGCAUAUGGGAUUGAGGAGCUCUCUCACUUUGGAAUAUUAUAAGAAUGCAUAUACUCACAUUGUUGAGCAAUAUCCUUAUUGGAGUCACUCAUCAGGAAGGGACCACAUCUGGUCUUUUUCAUGGGAUGAAGGUGCUUGCUAUGCUCCUAAGGAGAUAUGGAACAGCAUGAUGCUAGUUCACUGGGGAAACACAAACACAAAGCAUAACCAUUCAACCACAGCCUAUUGGGCAGACAACUGGGAUAAAAUCUCUUCCGACAGAAGAGGAAUUCAUCCAUGUUUUGACCCUGACAAAGAUCUCGUGCUUCCCGCUUGGAAAGUUCCUGAUGCUUAUGUGUUGACUUCAAAACUUUGGGCUCGGUCUCAUGAGAAGCGGAAGACACUGUUCUACUUCAAUGGGAAUUUAGGACCUGCGUACCCUCAUGGAAGACCUGAAGAUACGUAUAGCAUGGGUAUCAGACAGAAGCUGGCAGAAGAGUUUGGGUCAAGCCCUAACAAGGAUGGAAAACUUGGGAAACAGCAUGCCAAAGACGUCAUUGUGACACCGGAGCGUUCUGAAGACUAUCACAUGGAUCUAGCAAGCUCUGUUUUCUGUGGAGUGUUUCCUGGGGAUGGAUGGAGUGGUCGCAUGGAGGACAGUAUAUUGCAAGGAUGCAUUCCUGUGGUCAUUCAGGAUGGGAUUUUCCUGCCAUAUGAGAAUGUGCUCAACUAUGACAGCUUUGCUGUUCGAAUACCUGAAGCGGAAAUUCCGAACUUGAUAAAGACCCUUCGGGGAUUCAAUGACACAGAAAUUGAAUUCAAGCUGGCAAAUGUUCAGAAAAUAUGGCAAAGAUUCUUGUAUCGUGAUUCUGUUUUGCUUGAAGCUGAAAGGCAGAAAACUGCUAUUGGACAUGUUGAUGAUUGGGCAGUUGAAUUCUUAAAGCUGACAGAGGAUGAUGCCUUUGCCACUUUAAUACAGAUUUUGCAUUACAAAUUACAUAAUGACCGUUGGAGGAAACAAGUUCGCCACAACAAACAGUUUGGAUUACCUCACCAGUGUCUGGUAAGCACCAGCUGAGGAGCAUGGUUAAUGUGAAGACUAUAAAAGACCCAGUUACUCUCAUAGGAGUAGGGGGAAAGGAUAACCUUUCUGCUACAUUUUAGGAGUCAAGAUGAAAAACAUUAUGUAUGAGUCAUUUGUAAAAGGUCAAGUUCCUUGUAAAUGUUACCAUCUCCAAUGCAGUAAAUCAUUCAACCAAGGUGGACAUAAAACAUUCUUUUUCCCUUCUCACAUAAAUGUGUGCAUGAAAGAUGCAUUUUACAGUUUUUUUUUUUUUUGCAGAGCUUUAUUCUCUCAGGCUUCCAGGAUGUGGAAUUGUAAAAUUAUGUCAUUCACAAGAGAUUUUAAUGGUGAAAAAACUAAGAAAAAAAAUGAUUACAUAUUUAUUUUACUUGUUCCA